AUGUCCCCAGGCCACCUCCAGCCCCCCUCGGGGCUCCCCGCGCUGUCCCCGCGGUCCCCGGGAGCAGCCGAGGGUGGCGGGUCCCAGCUGGGGACACCGGGGGGUGGCAGUGCCACCCUGGGAGGGCACGGCCGCGGGGCGGAGGCCGUGGAACCUCUCCUGGUGCCCCCAGGGGCUCCCAAAAUCCGGGCGCGCUGCAAUCCAGGGCUGGGGGAGCCGGGACCGGGCUCGGAGCCGCUCUGGGAUGAGCCCAGCUGGCAGCGGGCCCGGUCACCUCCCCGGUGCCACCGCCGUGUCCCUGCCAGCAUCCUGGCCGCCGCUCUGGGGCCACCUGGGGGCUCGUUUGAUGGACAAUCUAGAGUUUUGGGAUGGGCAUCCCGGGCUCGCAGUUUGCAUUUGAAGGGAGCGGGCAGACCUGCAGGAUGGGUUUGGCGGCUCCUUUUGUCGGCAGCGCUCUGGUUUUUAACCCCUGCGGGCGCUGGCACGGCUGGCACGGCUCCCUGGCACCCCUCGGCCGCGCAGGACUCACCCGGGCCCGGUGACACUGGCGGUGGCACGGCUUGGGGGGGACAAUGUGCAGGGCACGGCUGGCCCGUGCCGGAGCAGGAGGGGCCAGGAUGUCCCCAGGGAUGUCCCCAGGGAUGUCCCCAGGGAUAUCCCCAGGGAUGUCCUGCUCAGGUUUUGGCACUCCUGAAGCCACAGCUCCCGUUUUUCCAGUGGGAUUGGGGCUGGCAGGAGCUGUUUGGGGCUGCCCUGUGCCCUCCUGCUGUGCCCAUUCCCUGGAAUUCCUCACCCACGGGGAGCUCCGGCUGUGCCCACGCUGAUCUGUGGGGUCACGGAGGUGUCAUCCCAAAAAAUCCCCUUCUGGAACUUUCCCAGCUGUCCCCCAGUGCCUGGCUCACCCCGGGAAUCACUGUUAACCCCCAGCAUUUUUGGGGUGGGUUAGCAUCACCCCUGAUCCACCCCAAUCCCUCCUUUAGGACAUCCCACAAAACCUGCAGCUCCUGGCACCCUCCUGCCCUCUCCCCUUCCAAAAUCCGCCCCCUCCUCCCUCCCCAACCCCUCCAAAACCCCGAGGACGUCACCGAAAACCCGCGGGGACAGGAAAAAUCGGGGUGCCAGAAGCCGGGGCCGCCCCUAUCGGGGCCCGAUCUGCUGCUCGAGCAGCUGGGCUCGGCUGUGCCCCGAGAGCGGCGGCGCUUUCUGAUAUCGAUCACCUUAUCUGGGGGCGCAUCCUGUUGCUAUUUUCGCUGUUUCCUCCCCUCGGCAGCUGGGGAGCGGCGCCAGCUGCUCGAAACUGCGGCCCGGGGGGGUUUGGGGUGCCUGAAAAAAGACCCCGAGCCCGCUGCGGGGCGAUGCCAGCCUCGGCGGUGCCACCGUGCCCUCGCUGCCCGCUGCCGGGGGGGAUUCGGGGCGCUCAAAUCAGAGCGGAAAGCGGCUCCCGAACCCCGCUAUCAGAUCUUGCGGCGUGCCCCGAGCCCCGGCGACAGUUGCGACAUUGAAGUCCCCGUCCCCUCGGUGGCACCCGGGCCGGGCUCGUCCCCGCGGGUUCCCGCAUCCAAAGGGUUCCCGGGUGAUGGGAACGGGGGAAAAUCGCCGCUCCCGGGGCAUUUAACCCUUUUCGUCCUCCCCUGGCAUCGCCUCUGCAGUGCCAGGGAGUCCCCAAAGUGACACCGAGCACCCCUCGAGUGACCAUUUUUGGGUUUUUCUCCCCGUCCUGUUUCUUGUCCUCCCCUGUCGGGAAUUUCUCCCCAAAAUCCAAGCCCGGCUCUUCGCGCUGGGAUUUUUGGCGGGGUCGGGAGCUCUUGGCUGCAAUUAGCUGGUGUUUAAAUCCUCGCUAACCCCGGCGCCCUAAUGACAGCCGUAAUGACGCUCCGCACAUCCCGCAGCUCGAGAUUACACUCGCUAAUUAAUUAAUCCCCGAGCCCCCCUCCGCUCUCCCCGCGGCCGGGAGAAGGAAUCGCUGAGAGCCUCUUAAGAAAAAAGGACAAAAAGGCAGGGAAAUGCAGGCACCAAAACAAGACAAAUGGGGAUUUGGAGACAAUCCCGGCCGCGUCCAUGUGACCCGAGAGUGGACGAGGCAGGAGAAAGGAGAAAAAUGCCAAGAGCCAGGACAGAAAAAAAACAACAAAAAAACCCCAAUAAAAUCCCCAAAAAACCAAAGAGCCGGCUUUAAAAAAAAAAGGGACCAACAAGAAAAAAACAAACUAAAAAACCUAAAAAAAAAAUCCCGGGGAAAGAAAAGCACCAAGAUGAAGGGAGUGACAAAGCAUCAAAGGGAAGAGAAACCAAAGGCGUCGGAACAAAGGACGAGCUGGAACAAAGCCCCAAAGAGGGGGGAACAAAAGCACAAAAUGGAAAACAAAGGCGGGGGGACAAGAGAAGCCCCUCUGUGGGGCUGGGUGGCACCGGGUCCCCGCCGGGGCCGCGCUGGCCGAGGGUGACAGCCCUGCGACAGCCUCGGGGUCGCCUUUGAAGGCUCGGGCCCCGGGGGAGGUCGGGGCGCAGCUCGGCCCCGCUGCCCCCGGGCCCGCUGGGUGGUCCGGCUGUCCCCGCUGUGGCCGUGUCCCUCCCGCUGUCCCCGUGUCCCUCCCGCUGUCCCUCUGUCCCUCCCGCUGUCCCCGUGUCCCUCCCAGCUCAGUGUCACCCCCUCCGUGCCCCGCUGCCGCCCCUGGGCACGGCUGGGACGCGGUGGGGACAGUGCCAGGCUGGCAGUGCCACCCUGCCCGCGGUGGCAUUGCCGCGGUGAGCGGCUGGGCUGGCCCCUCGUGCGGGGACAGCGACAGGGACAGGGACAGGGACAGGGGGGACAAUCCGAACACCCGGGUGAGAAGCAGGUGGGACACGGGGACGGACAGAGGGACACGGGGACGGACAGAGGGACCCUGUGGGGUGCCGUGGUGCCGUUCCCAGGCCGGUGAGGAGCUCGGCCGUGCCCGUUCCUAAACAAAGGCCCCGGUUCCGUGCAGGAAUCCGGGCCGGGUUUGCUGUCCCGGCUUUGCCCCAGG